AUGGUGGUUCUGGCCUUCAUGGCCACCAAGCCAGGAAACAGGGCAAGGAAAUUCUUAGGAAAACCACUGACCAACUCCAUUGUCUUAGCCUGUCCCCUGGUCCAAGCACUUAUUUGCACCAUCUGGCUGGAAGUCUCCCCUCCGUUUCUCAACGUGGACUUCCACUCCUUGGCAGGAGAGACUAUCUGGGAAUGUAAUGAAGGCUCAGCUUCAAUGUUUUAUACUGUCCUCACCUACUUGGGUUUCUUGGCCAUUGUCAGUUUCACGGUGGCCUUUCUGGCUAGGAAAUUGCCUGACAGCAUUAACAAAGCCCAGUUCAUUACUUUUACCAUGCUGUGGAACUGGGUUGGGCUGAUUGCCUCUAAAGAUGACAGUGGAGAACGUUCCAUCUCAUCUCUGAUGCCAAUGCUGAAGGAGAAGGAGAUCUGCGUGGUCUUCACAGCAAUGAUUCUUCCCUAUUUGAGGAACAUCCAGUUCAACAACAAUGUUGGAGAGGAAGUCUCCUUCUCAGAAGAUGGACUGGAGUCUUCUCAUUAUGAUCUUCUCAACUGGGUUUUCUUCCCCAAUCUUUCUUUGGUCCCCAGGAAAGUUGGUGGAAUCGAUCCCAGGGUUUCCUCAGGCCAGGAUUUCACCAUUAACUCCAAUUCAAUCAUCUGGGACACAAGGAAGGUGCCCUUUGCCAGGUGUGGCAAGAAGAGGUGCCAGGCAGGAGAGAGGAGAAGAGUUCCGGAGGGCCAGCAGGUCUGCUGCUACCUGUGUGAUGCUUGUCCAGAAGGGACCAUUUCUAAUGAGACAGAUGCAGCCCAGUGUGAUCCUUGCCCAGAAGACCAAUAUCCAAACCAGGAGAAGAAUCACUGCAUUGUGAAGAAGGUCCACUUUCUUGCUUAUCAAGAUAACAUGGGAUACGCUUUAGUUUCUCUCACUCUUUUAAUCUCUGUGAUCACUUCUGCAGUCCUGGUGAUUUUCCAUAAAUAUCGUGACACCCCAAUUGUCAAGGCCAACAACCGAGAUCUCACUUACAUCCUCCUGGUCUCCCUCCUUCUCUGUUUCCUCUGCUCCUUCCUCUUCAUUGGUCAACCAGGAACCAUCACCUGUCUCUUCCGACAAACUUCCUUUGCCAUUUUCUUUGCCCUUGCAGUUUCCUCUGUCUUGGCAAAAACUGUCAUGGUGGUUCUGGCCUUCAUGGCCACUAAGCCAGGGAACAAGACAACAAAAUUCUUAGGUAAACCACUGACCAACUCCAUUGUCUUAGCAUGUCCCCUGAUCCAGGCAGUUAUUUGUGUCACCUGGCUGGCAAUUUCUCCCCCAUUUCCCAACAUGGACUUCCACUCCUUGGUGGGAGAGAUUAUCUUGGAAUGUAAUGAAGGCUCAGCUUUUAUGUUUUAUGCUAUCCUUGCGUACCUGGGUUUCUUGGCCCUUGUCAGUUUCACCAUGGCAUUUCUAGCUAGGAAAUUGCCUGACAGCUUUAAUGAAGCCAAGUUCAUUACUUUUAGCAUGCUGGUCUUUUGCAGUGUUUGGAUCACUUUCAUCCCAACCUAUUUGAGCACUAAAGGGAAAUCCAUGGUGGCCGUGGAGAUCUUCUCCAUCUUGGCUUCUGGAGCUGGUCUUUUGGCAUGUAUCUUUUUUCCCAAAUGCUUCAUUAUCCUACUAAGGCCCCAUCUCAAUUGUAGAGAAAAUAUAAUGAAGCACAAGAAUUUCUGA